GGGGGAAGUAGAACGGGAGCAAGUGCACAGGGCUGGCCGGGGCUGAGCCAGGGCAGCGGCGAGCCCGGGUGGCAAGGAACUGGCGCGACCGCGACCCACAGACAGGAUGUCGAGACCCGCUUGGCUCCCUCAUGUGGCAGUGACAUACAGGUGUCGCCUAACGCAACUUGCGAAUAAACCGAAAUAAACAUUAAUCACAGGGCGAGUGUAUCGACAUAAAGUGUUAAUAAGCGAUUACUGGGGUCGUCAACAAUUUUGCAACCUAGUCGCCCACCACGCUUGGCACGAUCUGUGUUGUCAUUUCACAACAAGUUUUUAAAGUGUGCUGACUGGUUAUCCCGUUGAGUGAGCGCCGCUUCCGACCUUGCUCUGCCACUGCAGUACUGUACUUGAACUUGAGCGUGUCCUUCGGUGUGAUUGCAGGAGCUGUCCACUGCAGCCAUGGCCGGAUAGAGGAAAGGCGCGCGCCCUCCGCCCCGCCAUGCACCACCUGCUCGUGCUGCUGGGGGCGCUGCUGCUGCCGGCGGCGCUGCCCGGGGCGGCCGCGGUGCAGCUCAACCGCGCGCCGCAGUUCCUGCCGGCGGGGAGCAUGAGCCGCUUCUCGCUGCCCGAGGACACCCCCGUCGGCGCGCCCGUGUACCGCCUCCAAGGCACGGACCCCGAGGGCUCGGCCGUGCGCUUCUCCAUCAGCGGCGAGCACUUCACCGUGGACAAGAACUCGGGCGUGGUGAGCCUGCGCAAGGCCCUGGACAGGGAGGCGCAGGACCUGCUCGAGGUCAUCAUCAGCAUCACGGAUGAGGGUUUCGACGGGUCUGAGCCGAACACGGUGUCUCUGCGGAGGGACAUCCCCGUUCUGGACGUCAACGACAACGCCCCUACGUUCCGGGAACGCCCGUACGCCUUCAGCGUGUCCGAGGCCACCAAGGUUGGCGCGAGGCUGUUCGACAAGGUGCUGGUGAGCGACUCCGACGGCGGCCUCAACGCGGACAUCACCCUCGUGUGUGUGCCGAGCGGCCCCGAAGACACCGCCUGCAAGCACUUCAAGGUGGAGACCGAAAAGGUGAGCGAGGGCCGGUACCGGGGCAUCGUGACGCUGCAACGGCCGCUGGACUACGAGCAGCGCUCCGCCUACACUCUGCAGCUCCGCGCCACCGAUGGUGCCUCCGACCCCUCCAAGCGCCUGUCCUCCACGGCGCGCGUCGCCGUCCAGGUCACCGACGUGCAGGACCAGCCGCCCGUCUUCCUCAACGCGCCGUACUCGGCCACCGUCCCGGAGAACUCGCCGCCCGGCACGCUGGUGGCGGUGAUCCGGGUGCGCGACGGCGACAUGGGCGACCCACGACCCGUCGCCCUGUCGCUCGAGGAGGACGACCUGGGCUACUUCACCCUCGAGGAAGGCGAGGGUCCCGAGGGGGCGUCCACGGCCCGGCUCGUCACCACCAACAUACCGAUCGACCGCGAGCACCGCGACCUCAUGCUGUCCGGCGGCAUCUACACCUUCAAGGUGCGCGCCACGGAGCUCAUCAACAACGAGCUGCCCGCAGACUGGAGCGUGUCCGAGGUCACGGUGGUCGUCACCGACGUCGACGAUCAGCUCCCCGAGUUCAACGAAGACUACUUUCACAUUAACGUUUCCGAGGAUAUAGCCGUGGACAGCCCGCUUCCCGGCCUCAACAUGGUGGUGCUCGACGGGGACAUCGGCGACAACGCGCGGUACGCCCUGUCGCUACGCGACGUCAGCAAUUCGGAGGGGCUGUUCAGCGUCCACCCGACCAGCGGCCAGGGCCGCACGCCCGUAGUCAUCAGGGUGCGCAGCAAGCGUGGACUAGACUACGACGUGGAUGACCCCGCGCUCCGGAGGAUCGAAUUCGACGUGGUGGUGCACGCGAAGGGCGACACGGGCGACGAGGAAGAGUUCGGCAGCACGAGGGUCGUCGUCGACCUCCAGGACGCCAACGACCACUCGCCAGUGUUCGCCCAGAGCCAGUACCGCGCGCGCGCGUCCGAGGCCUCUCCACCAGGGACCAAGGUGCUCGAUGUCACGGCCUCGGACAUGGACAGCGGGGACCUCGGGCGCAUCACCUACUCGCUCAAGGGCUUCGGCGCGGAGCGCUUCCGAACUCAUCCCGAGCAGGGCGGCGUUUACGUGCGCCAGCCGCUGGACUACGAGUCCGAGCGCUCCUACUCGCUUAGCCUCGAGGCGCGUGACGGCGGCCCCAGCGGCGGCAGGGUCACUACCGUCAACGUGUUUGUGGACGUGCUGGACGAGAACGACAACGCGCCGGCGUUCGAGCAGCAGGAGUACCAACGCACCGUGCGCGAGGGCGCCACAAGUUUCCAGCCGUCGAUGUUCGUCAGGGCCACCGACGCAGACGGCCCCACGCAGGGCGACGGCCGCGUGUCGUACAGCGUGACGUCGUCCAACGCCGCCGACGUGCUGGUCGUGGACGCGGCCUCGGGCGAGGUGCGCAUGCAGCGGCCCGUGAGCGCGUCGCACACGCAGCGCGGCCAGUACGAGCUGACGGUGCGCGCCACGGACCAGGGCCGGCCGCGGCAGCUGCACGCCGACGCGCGCCUCACGGUGCGGGUGGGCGUGCCCGGCAACCAGCGGCCCGUGUUCAAGGGCCACGGCCCGGGCGCGGGCCACAACGCGUCGCAGUACCAGUACCACGCCGCCGUCCACGAGGACGCCGCUCCCAACUCCGAGGUGCUCCAGGUGACGGCCUCGGACCCGGACGGCCAGGACUCGCUCAUCACGUACAGCAUCGCGGCGGGCGGCGGCGCUAAGGACAACUUUAACAUCGACAGCAAGUCUGGCGUGAUCACCGUCGCCCCCGAGGCCCGCCUGGACCCCGACGAGGCUGGCGGGGUUUCGCGGUACUCCCUCGUGGUGCUGGCCGUGGACAGCGGAUUGCCAGUGCGGGAGACCGCCUCGGCCACCGUGCUGGUCACCAUCAAGGACGUCAACAACAAGCCGCCCGUGUUCGACACUGGGGACCCGGGUGCCUUCACGAGGCACGUGUCGGAGCGCGCCCAGCCCGGUCAAACUGUGCUGGUGGCGAGGGCGCGAGACCCUGACGAGGACGCGAAGCUGGAGUACAGCCUGGUGGAGCCCAUCCGGGCUAUGGAUCGGACAGGAGUGCCCCUGGCGCCGAAUGCUGCCAACGACUACAAGCAGGCCUUCAGAAUCAACUCUAGCACGGGUGAGGUGUUCGUCAACGGUCCCCUGGAUCACCAGGCGGCCGCCGUGAUCACGCUGACCGUGCAGGCCCGCGACCUCAACGCGCGCACCGACCUCAAGGGCGCCAGGCCGCAGGUGGCGCGCGCCGAGGCCACCGUCUACGUGGAGGAGUUCAGCGAUGGCAACCCCAUCUUCACGGCGCACGGCUGGACCCCGGGCAGCCCCGUCAUCAAGGUGACCGUACCCGAGGAGCAGCCCCGCGGCACCGUGCUGGCCAUGCUGGCCGCCCAGGACCCUGCCGAUGGGGGCCGCCCCAUCCGCCGCUUCCAGGUGGCCGCGCAGCCCGACGGCACGGCGCCGGACUGGGCGAGCGUGAGCGCCCGCGGCAACGUGGUGCUGGAGCGGCGCCUGGAUUACGAGACGCUGCCCGCGCUGCCCGACGGCAGCAAGGUCAUGGAGCUCAAGGUGCAGGCCGUGAGCGAGGAUCAGCGACGCACCGGCACCGCCACCAUCCAGGUGCAGGUGCAAGACGCCAACGACCACACGCCGCAGUUCGCGCAGACCACCUACCACACCAGCGUGCUCGAGUCCACCCGCUUCCCCGCUCACGUCCUGGCCGUGUCCGCGACCGACGGCGACAGCGCGGCAGGGAGCAGCGCGGCGCGCGGCUUCGGCGACGUGCGUUACUCGCUGUCCGGAGAAAACGCGCGCUCCUUCAUCAUCGACCCGCUGUCCGGCAGCAUCCAGGUGGCGCCCAACGCCACGCUGGACCGCGAGCGCCAGGCGCAGAUGAAGCUGACUGUGGUCGCGGCCGACACCCCGGGCGGCGGCGCGGCGCAGCGGCGCAGCCAGGCGGCCGUGACCAUCGACAUCCUGGACGUGAAUGACAACGCGCCGCAGUUCUCCAAGCGCUCGUAUUCCACCGUCAUCCCGGAGAACAUGGCCGUGGGCAGCAGCGUCCUCAGCGUGUCGGCCUCGGACCCGGACGAGGGCGCGGGCGCCGAGGUGGCCUACGAGCUGGUGGACCAGGGCGAGGCCAACGGCCUGUUCUCCAUCGACACGUCCUCCGGCGAGCUGCGCAUCGCAACCCCGCUGACGGGCAAAGGCCGCCGCGAACCCUACUCGCUCACGGUGCGUGCCCAGGACAGCGGCAACCCGCCGCUGUCUGCCGACGCAUCCGUCAGCGUGCACAUCGGGGACGUUGUUAGCAACGACGGCGUGCCGAGUUUCGUUCACCCCGCCCUGGACGAGGUGGCCUACGUGUCCGAGAACGCAUCCAUCGGCUCGCCAGUGUUUAGGGUGGUGGCUGCUGACCCAGACGACCCCAAGACCCCCGAGGGCAUGCUGGUGUACCGCUUCCUCGAGGACGGCAUGACGGGCAGCGACGCGUCGCACUUCAGCAUCAAUCCGUCCUCCGGUCUCAUCACCACCCGCACGCUGCUGGACCGGGAGACCAAGGCCCAGUUCAUGCUGCUGCUGGUGGCGGCGGACAAAGGCCCGGUGCCCCAGCAGACGACCCGCCUCCUCACCGUGCACGUCACCGACGUGGACGACCACAAGCCCGUGUUCAAGCGCUCCGUCGACGAGAGCCCCAUGGUCAUGACCGUGCAGGAGGAGCUCCCGGUCGGCUCCGUCGUCGGCAACCUCACAGCUGUGGACAACGACAUUGGGGACAACGCGCUUAUCGACUACGUCAUCACUUACGGCAACGAGCACGACCUCUUCUCGAUCAGCCGGACGCCGGAAAACGGGGCGGUGAUCCGCGUGGCGCGCCGCCUGGACCGCGAGGAGGCCGCCGAGCAUCUGCUGACGGUCAAGUGCUUCAAGAAGAGCGCGCGGCCGCAGAGCAUGCGCAAGCCGUACAACCGCCAGGACCCGUCGGAGCGACAGGUGCGCGUGCAGGUGCGCGAUAUCGACGACAACGCGCCGACAUUCCCGGCGGGUAAGGCCAACCAGACGCUGGGCGUGCGGCUGAACGUGCCGGUCGACACGUCCCUGCUUACGCUGGAGGCCGAGGACGCCGACGCCGACUCGGCGCCCAUGCACUACUGGCUCGCCGGCGCCACCUUCCACCCCAUGCACCCCGCCGCUGUCCCGGCCGGGCGAGGGCGCGGGCGCGCCGGCCACGGCCCUGCGGCCAGCACCGCGGCCGCGGUCGAGCAGGUGCAGGGCGUGUUCAGGCUGGACGCCGACAGCGGGGAGCUUCGGACCGCGGCCGGCAUGCAGCAGUUUGUUGACGGCUACUUCACGCUCAGCGUGGCGGCCAGCAACACACCCGAGGGCAACAGCAGCAGCCGCAGGGCGAACGCCACCGUCAAGGUGUUCGUGGUACGGGACCGAGCGCUCCUCAAGUUCGUGUUCAGCAAGGCCCCUGCUGACGUAAGGCGAGCACUGCCCGAAUUUCAGCGGCUCGUUGAGAAGGCGCUUCUGCUACCCGUUCAACUGAAUGUGUACGACACCCAAUUCUACGCCAAGCAAGACGGCAGCCUGGACUUCAGCAGUACCAGCUCGUGCUUCCAGCUGGUCGGGCGAGAAAAUUAUGAUCUUUCAGAUAUGGAGUCACUACUGAUCGACAAAAAGAACGAUGAGCUGAACAGCGUGUACGACCGUUUCCACGUUAGAGCCGUCCAGCGUUGUGCACCAACUCUGGCUAAGGCAGAAGCAACAUGGAUCCAGCUUUGGGUUUUGGCCAUAGCCUGUUUUAUUGGAAUAGCUUCCUUAAUAGCGAGUUGUGUUGUCUGCUGCUCAUACAAUAGGUGGGAACGUUUAAGGUGACGAAGGUAUUUCAUCGAAUUUUAGUUGAGAUUCACAUUGUAGAAAAAAAUUUCAUUUCAAACCAAAAUUUCCUGUACCCACCUAAAAUAUUAGGUACUUUUCUUCGUUAAAAUAUGUUGUAGUAGUUUUUCUUGAAACCUUAAUCAGCAGUGAAUUAUUUAUGUAUAUGUUUGUAAAAAAUGUUGUUUACUUUAAUCUGUUUUUUGUUUGUUUGUCUGUUUGUAUUUUUUAUUUUUUGAUAAGAGAUUGUAAUAUUGUGUGUGAGUGAGUGUGUGUAUCUGUUUUGUGCAUGAGUGUAGAUUGUGUUGUGUGUAAAUAUAUGGAAAAUAAGAGCAAAAGAUGUAAAUGAAAAUUAUGAAACAGUAUUGUAUGUGUAAAAUAUAGUAGAAAACUGAAAGUAAA